UUGACUCAUAGAUUGUGGUUGUCCCAAAAAAUACGGAUAAUACGUGAAAAAUUUCUUGCCCCUCAUCUCCCUCUCUCCUGCUAGGCUGCUAGUGCUGGUCUGCUAGGUAGACGGCCCGCGUCUUCCGUCUCCACUCUCCCUCCAUCUUCCUCAUGAUAAUCUGAAUUCAGCUGCAGAGGCCUCGAAAAUAUUAAGACCAUGGCGAAAACCCUAAUCUCGUCUCCCAUUCUCACCACUUCCCUUCCCUCCCUAUCUCGCCAUGGCAUCCACAGGUUUCCUCGACGGAGAUUCGGAUAUACCAGUGUGAAAUUCAGCUUACAUGAAGUCCCUCCCCUUCACUCCUUCGAUUCUUCCAUCGAUUUUCAUGGAAUCGUUAGCCGAGCUGAAGGUCUGUUGUACACGCUCGCUGACGCCGCUGUUGCUGUGAAUUCUGGUUCUGAUGGCGCAGCAGCCGGUACGACUGAUGCCGCGGUUCAGAAGAGUGGCGGGUGGUUCGGGUUCAUCUCAGAAGCCAUGGAAUUUGUUUUGAAGGUGCUGAAGGAUGGACUUACAGCUGUACAUGUUCCUUAUGCAUAUGGAUUUGCAAUCAUAUUGCUCACUGUUCUUGUUAAAGUGGCUACACUCCCUUUAACGAAAAAGCAGGUUGAAUCGACAUUGGCAAUGCAAAACCUUCAGCCAAAGAUUAAGGCCAUUCAACAAAGAUAUGCUGGCAAUCAGGAAAGAAUACAACUUGAGACAUCACGUCUCUAUAGGCAAGCUGGCGUGAACCCAUUAGCAGGAUGCUUCCCAACUUUGGCCACGAUACCAGUUUGGAUUGGUUUGUAUCAAGCUCUUUCAAAUGUGGCAAAUGAGGGAUUAUUGACAGAAGGUUUCUUUUGGAUUCCCUCUUUGGGGGGCCCAACCACUAUUGCUGCUCGACAAAGUGGGUCUGGCAUUUCCUGGCUUCUUCCUUUUGUGGAUGGUCAUCCACCAUUGGGUUGGCAUGACACUGCAGCAUACCUUGUUUUACCUGUCCUCCUUGUUAUUUCUCAAUAUGUCUCAAUGGAGCUCAUGAAACCACCUCAGACUGAUGAUCCAGCUCAAAAGAACACGCUUCUCGUUUUCAAGUUCCUUCCACUAAUGAUUGGUUACUUUUCUUUGUCAGUACCAUCGGGAUUGUCAAUUUACUGGUUCACAAACAAUGUUCUCAGCACAGCACAACAAGUAUGGUUACGGAAAUUGGGUGGUGCAAAGCCUGUUGUGAAUGAGAAUGCAAGUGGAAUAAUUAGUGCAGGACGUGCAAAGCGCUCAACUUCUGAUCCAGUACAGACUGGUGAUAGAAGAUUUAGGCAAUCGAAGGAAGAAGAGAGGAAGAAAAAACUAAGCAAGGCUCUGCUAGUUGAAGAGGUUCAGACUAUGGCUUCAUCGGAGUCUGAUGAUGCCUCAGAUGAAAAAACAAUGAAGGAUAAGGAUGAUAAGGUUUUGGAAGAGGCAUAUGCUUCUAGUGGUAGCAAACAGCUUCCAGGUUAUUCAGGGCCAAGGAAGAGCAAGCGAUCAAAGCGGAAGCGUGCUGUAUAAGUGUCAUGUAUAUCAUUCAUUGCGGUGUAGUUUUCUGUGACUAUGGUGGCCAUCUGAAUCUUUCAAUUUUAAAUGAAAGCAAAAAGAAAGAAAGAAAUAAAGAGGGCAGAAAUAGCAGUCCCUUGCGCUGGAACUUGGUGGGUGAAGAAGGGUGAUCAAGCCGGUUUAACAUGGAACCCCUUCAUCCUGCUACCUCAUCUGUUUUGUAAGAAAAUAUAUCAAAAUGACGCUUGAAUGUCCUUGAUAGUGUAGCGUCCUUCCCAAUACCAAAAGCCAUGAUCAGAUAACAAUGACUAAUGUAGCAUGAAGUUAUGCCAAGGCUUCCAGCAUGUUUGCUAAACAGAGAACAUAGUUAUGUGAUUGUGUCAGGGUAAGAGAGAUACUAGCGAAGUUUCUUAUGCUCUCCUUCCUGUGGAAAAACUGGGAAAAAGAACGAAGUUUCAUUUCAUGUUGUAUUUGAUAUGGUAGUAGAAACUUAAGCAAUACUGUUCAUUUAGAACUGCUGAAGUUUUUAUAGUGGUGCAAUGGUCCAAUAAUUAUGUUAAUAUUAAGAUAGAGAAAUUGUUGAAA